AUGACAACAGUUGAGGCUAACAAAACAGAUUCAGUCCAUGUUAUCUAUAAGAACAGCACAGGUGUAUGCCGUAGUCCCAACAGCAUCCUUAAGGCCUGUCAACGCCAAGGCUCACCAUUGCGUGACAACUCAGUGUACGAGCAGACGUUCGGUUUCUGCCCUAACUUCUUCGAGAUCUCGGUUUUGGAGGAACCGAAUAUUGUGUACGGCAAGGCAAACAUCUGGCGAUGCUACGCACGAUGGGUGGCGGACGAUGGCACAGUCUGGGCUGCGGUAGAAUACGAUACAAACAUGCCCAAGUUCAAAUACCGUUGUCUCACCACCAGCAUUGAUCAGCAAAAUCGUCGUGACAUCAUUCAGUGGGGUCACAUUUCUCUUAUUGAUUGUUCUCUUGGACUGUUACUCGUUCGUCUCGCAGGCAUGACAGUGGAUGCGGACUGUAAGAAUUUGAAGAAUUAUUUCACCGCACCGAUUCGUCUAAUACUGGAACCUGCAUUUGAUCCCGUCACUCAGCUGGUGGAGAUGCAACCCAGCUGUAAACUACCUACCAACUACAGCGGAAACUGGUUCUAUCCAAGCGAGUACCAGACCUCUGUACAAAUAAACGCGACGCAUAUUUACAUGCGUCGGAAAAGAGACGACUACACGUAUGAGGACAUCUAUUUCGUUUGUCGUCAACAGCAACUUUCGCGCUAUCUCAUGGCUGUUGUUACUCGUGGUCAAUGCGAAAUUGACUUCAUGUGUUUCGAGUUGAUGCCGCGUCAUCAUAACAUCGCGCGAUUUCGCAUGGGACGCCCCUUUCCGCUGGAGCCGCUGGUGAAGGAGUCCCUUGGUGAAUCAGAGUAUAUGUUGCGAAUUUACAAGGAGGCAUGUCAUUGGAGUAGUUUCACAUUGAACUACAUCGAAUGGACUUACGAGUAUUUCGUCCUUGAUCCACCCGUACCUAUCAAUUGUCCCAUUCAAGGAAAGUAUAAAUUCAUCCAAACAGGGCAAGAGGCUGAAAAGUAUGUCUUCAAGAUGCCCAAUGGGAUGACCCCAAGACCGUGGCUUCAGGUUUUGUGUUACCAUUACUGGCAGACCAAUAUAGAGGCCUGUUUAAACGAUCCAAAGAUCCUAAAACUCGACGUACAAAAAUGCUGGCGGCUUGACUUUGCAGGACGGCCCAUCUCAGAGUACGAUGUCACCGAUAACUACAUCGCAUGUGUAGGAUUCUGGAUGGAGGAUACCAAAUCCUAUCUCAUCACCUAUGAUCGUGAAGAUCCUGUUUCCAACCGAUUCCGCUGUUGGGUCUACCAGCGCCUCUCGAUGCGCUCUUUCGCGAUGUCACGUAGCCUUGGCAACCGGUGUGGGAAGACGCAGACAGCCGAAUCGUCAACACCUGAAGAAGGUGUCUCCUUGCGCCUGGAGUUGAUGGAAGAUGAGUACGAAUUUGACGUGUGUCCCAUGAACUACGAUGAUGGACGAAACCCCUACCCAGAGGGUACUUUCGUUUGUGUUGGCGGCUGUUGCUCUAUCGUACUUGCAAUGAGUGAGGGAGAGGAAAUUGCUGCUCUCGUCGUUGACAAUGGUUCUGGCAUGUGUAAGGCCGGUUUUGCUGGUGAUGACGCUCCUCGCGCCGUGUUCCCCUCCAUUGUUGGCCGUCCAAGGCACCAGGGAGUAAUGGUUGGAAUGGGACAAAAGGACAGCUACGUGGGUGACGAGGCGCAAUCAAAGAGAGGCAUCCUCACUUUGAAGUACCCGAUUGAGCACGGUAUUGUGACGAACUGGGACGACAUGGAGAAGAUAUGGCACCAUACUUUCUACAACGAGCUUCGUGUAGCACCUGAGGAACAUCCUGUCCUCCUUACUGAGGCUCCACUAAACCCUAAAGCCAACCGUGAGAAGAUGACUCAAAUCAUGUUUGAGACAUUUAACUGUCCGGCUAUGUACGUGGCCAUCCAGGCGGUGUUGUCGUUGUACGCCUCUGGUCGCACCACGGGUAUCGUCUUGGACUCUGGUGAUGGUGUGACGCACACGGUCCCCAUAUACGAGGGCUAUGCGCUUCCCCAUGCCAUUCUGCGUCUCGAUUUGGCUGGUCGUGACCUGACUGACUACCUUAUGAAGAUCCUGACUGAGAGGGGCUAUUCAUUCACCACCACUGCUGAACGCGAAAUUGUGCGUGAUAUCAAGGAGAAACUUUGCUAUGUGGCCCUCGAUUUUGAGCAGGAGAUGGCUACCGCCGCUUCAAGUUCUUCUCUGGAGAAGUCCUACGAGCUUCCUGACGGUCAGGUCAUUACCAUUGGAAAUGAGCGCUUCCGUUGUCCCGAGGCCCUGUACCAACCCAGCUUCUUGGGUAUGGAGGCGGUUGGCAUCCACGAGACUACCUUCAACUCAAUCAUGAAGUGCGAUGUGGACAUCAGGAAGGAUCUGUACGCCAACACCGUGCUCUCUGGUGGUUCCACCAUGUAUCCAGGUAUCGCCGAUCGUAUGCAGAAGGAGAUCACUGCUCUUGCUCCAAGUACCAUGAAGAUCAAGAUUGUUGCUCCUCCGGAACGCAAGUACUCUGUCUGGAUCGGCGGCUCCAUUCUUGCCUCGCUGUCCACCUUCCAGCAGAUGUGGAUCUCCAAGCAAGAGUAUGACGAGUCCGGUCCCAGCAUAGUUCAUCGCAAAUGCUUCUAA